UGUGUGGAUGACAAAGCAGCUUGUUUUGGCUGCCUCUCUGACAUUUUCACUGCUUCACUAGGAAGUAGUACAUCCUCUCUUCUACCUCAUAUGAUAACCAACAACUGCUGAAAAGAGAAAAAUAUAGUACAAUAUGCUUGAUCGUUCUGAAAGCAUAUAGACAAAUUAAUAGACUUGGCUGGCUGCGAAACAUGGCAACAACAGGAGGUUCUAUUUCACUUUCCAGCUUCCCAUCACCAUCUUCUUCAUUUAGCCGUAGAGCUAAACCCAAUUCCACACUACUGCAUGCUGAUUCUCUUGAACUAAGACACAUCAAAAUGUGCAAAUGCGCCAACCUGUUAGUCCCUUCUCCUAGAAACAUUGCCUGCUUUGCAGCGCAAGAAUCAUCAUCUUUAACUGUUGCUGCUGAAACCAAGGAGAAGAAAGAGUUAGCAGAGACUGCUGAAGAAACAGCUCCAGCAAAACCAAAGCCAAAGCCUGCAGCAAAAGCUCCAGCCAAGUCUCUACCUCAGAUGAUGGAGGAGGAUGUUAUCCCGUCCCUGAAAACAAUUAUUGAAGCACAAGACGAUAUCUCUGAGCUCGAGUUAUCGUUUAAUGACGACAAGUUGGAGGGUUCAUUUUCAAAGAAGGGCAAUCCAUAUUCAUUUUGGGCGUUCUUUCCUGAUGGACUCACAGGUGCUAAAGGUUUCUCUUUGUCUUCCUAUGGUUCCGGCCCGAGCACUGUGGAACCUUUUCUCGUUGAUGAGAAAAAGAUAACAGCAAAGCACGUUGUAUUCUGGGUUGAGAAGCGCUUGGCUGCUCAAGGCAUUAUUCCUGUCUGGAAUGAAUAAUGUCUUGGCAAUGUAUAUUGCCUCUUACUUUUCUCCCUUCUCUUCUUUCUUUAAGGGUCCAUAACAGCAUGCUGUGUAUUCCAUUUAUAUGUUGUCAACCCUUGCUCUUCCUCUUCCAAUGUGUAUUAAUAUAACAAAUGUACACUUGCCACGAGAA